AUGGUGGAUCCCCACCAACAAGGCCGAAAGAAGGAUUCCGCUGACUUGGCCUUAGCGUACUAUGACUUCUUCCCGACUCUCAGCUCUCCUCCACAUAACAUAGCAGUCUACGCCUUCGACCAACGAGGCUGGGGACGAUCGGUGAAUAAGCCAACCGAGAAGGGAAAUACAGGACCUACGUCGCUGGUCAUCGCUGAUAUCCACGACUUCGUGCUUCAUGUUGCUUCCCUUCCAGAAGCCAAAGGGAGGCCACUGUUCUUGAUGGGACACAGCAUGGGAGGCAACGAGUCAUUGUAUUACCUGCUGUCUGACCCAGCUGCUUUUUCCAAUCGACCUCCGAUCGCUGGUCUGCUUCUCGAAGCGCCCUAUAUUGAGCUUGAUCCUUCCGAACAGCCAUCCUUUCUGAAAGUGUUUGCUGGAAAACUGGCCGCUUUCUUGCUUCCCACCACGCAACUGAAGCAGAAAUUGGAUUCAACGUACCUGUCUCACGCUGCUAAAGUGCGAGAAGACUGGGUGAAUGAUCCCCUUUGUCACGAUACCGGUACCCUAGAAGGUCUCAAAGGUCUUCUUCAACGUGCAGGAGACCUCUCCAGCAUGAGCCAUGGGCAUCAAAUAGCUGGUUUGCAUCCCACGCUACCCUGUCCUGUGUGGCUUGGUCACGGCACAUCAGACCGAGUGGUCUCUGCUUCAGCAGCUAAGAGGCUAUUUGAUGUUUUGGCAGCACCAGAAGGGGACAAGGUGUACCAAGCGUACCCGGAUGCAUACCACAAGCUGCACGCGGAGCCUGAUGGGGUGGGACAAAAGUUCACAAAUGAUGUCGCAGGGUGGAUUCUGUCCCAUGCUAACCAGAAGACAGCUGAAAUACCAGUGAGUGUAAAGCAAUGA